GACGCGCACCUCACCCCGCCCUGUUAGCUAAUGGUAACUCGCAGACCGAGCAACAGGGCAACGGGCAAUUUCGUCACGCAGGCCCUCGCUACGAACAAGUCUGAAUGCCCAGAGGUGCCAGGCGCAAAUGGAACGCGCUGGCGCGGUCACGCCGGCGCGAAGGCCCUGGAAAGGUUCUGUUGAUGGCGCCUUGUUCGUCUGGGCUGCGAGCGGUGAGAUAAAUUAGAGACACACAACGGCUGCUGUGGUGGUCUUGUUCCUGCGGUUUGCUGGUCGCGUCAUCUGGAGCCGCGCUUUGUCUAUCCGUUGCACCUGCCGCUUGCGUUCACCGUCGUCGUGGUCCUAGACUUGCACUUGCACCUGGACUGCACCUGGACUGCACCCUGACUCUGCAGCCCGCACUACGAGAUCUUCGGCCUCAACACCAGCAAAACGGCCCGGCGCAUACAUACACACACUCGCAAGCACCAUGGCAGACCAGCGCGCAACCCCCGACCGCGCAACCCCCGACCGCGUUGCCUCGUACGGCCGCGGCGGCGCAGGCAACAUGGGCAAAGAAGACCCCGCCACGCACAUCACCCCCAAAGACCUCGUCACGCCCACGCUGAAGUCGGAGCACUACACGACCGGCCGCGGCGGUUCAGGCAACAUGGCCAAGAAUGACCCUGCCCGCCCGGAGGUCGCGCGCGCCGCGCAGGACGUCGAGGCGCCCGCACACCGCGAGCCCGAUGGCCCGCACCACUACGGCCGCGGCGGCGCAGCCAACAUUGCAAAGAUGGAGGAGGAGAAGCGCGCGGCGAGAGUGGCGGCGGGGACUGAGAAGGACAAGAAGCCAUCGGGCGAGAAGAAGAGGGCCAGUGGGGAGAUGAAGGAGAGGAAGAGCGAGGAGGUGAGGCGCGAGGAUGGUAGAGCUGAGAAGGGGAUCGUGGACAAGGGAAAGGAAUUUCUGCAGAAGUUGGGGGGCAAGAAGUAGGGUGGAGGUCGCGGUGUGCGUCGGAAAGGCUGUCGCGGUAUUGACUCUUUUGCUUUACGUGUUAGGAGGUGAGCUUUACCAUUAUGAUAUCCCCGGGUAUGGUUACGGUUUGAUAGAGUUGCAAUGAGGAGUUCCACGGGCUUUGAAGAUCUUGUGCUUA